CCUUUCUUUCACCGUGCGAGAGGGGAUCCAUGUAUAAAGGCUUUCUUCUUGCUAGCAAUGGCAUCAGACACCAUAUCAUUCAACUACUCGGCUGCCACCAAGUUACGAGAGAUAGUUACGAGAGCAAUCCUAUUCCGGCAAGCAUGUGGUUCAUUGUGUUUCUGGCGGCUUUCGUUUGUGGGGUCUGCUGCAAUGAAAAUCUGCCGACUCAACUGAUAUUGCACUCAAAGGACAAGCGUGGCGUCAACGAUCACCCACUGAUUUUCCCCUCAGAAUCUUCCUCCUCAUAUUCAGCUCCGGGAGCUCAUGGGAGCUUGAGUUCCGGUUAUAGUCUAGGUGGAUCGUCCGGUGGUUUCUCGUUGAGUCAUGCGGGCCCCGCUAUUGGCCAUGGAAUCGGAUAUUCCUUAGCGUCAUCUGGUGGUCUUGGUUUUGGAUCCGGAUAUCAAUCACCUGGACUGGGCUCCCAUGGUUCCCUAAAUCAUCAGAGUAUUUCUACCUUGGGCGGACACUCGGCUCAGAGCACCUAUUCCGUGCCCGCCAUAACGAGCGCUCAUCUGGGAAGUGGAGGAAGUGGUAACGGUCUCUUUACUCCAGCGAAAACCGGUCCUGUUACUUUCGGAAUUCACGGUGGCGGCAGUGGUGCAAGCACUUCCGGAUCCGGUUCAUACAGCGCGCCGAGUUACACUUCCGGCAGUCACGGACUCUCGGCUUAUGGCAACGGAGGGGCAUCCAGCGCUGGUCUUCAAAUAGUUUUGGGAUCGCAACAUGGACUACCAUUAGGCUCUUCGGGCUCUUCAUCGAGUUACAGUCUUCCCAUUCAUUCCUCGAGUCCUUCGCACUCCGUGACGGGCGGCCUAGUUAUCGCCAGCGGUUCACACAGCGGUUCACAAGGUGGUUCCUCCAGUUAUAGUCUUCCGGCAUCUUCCCACAGCAUUUCUACCCUUGGAAGCUCUUCGGGUGGCCACGGAUCAUCCUCCUAUACUCUUCCGGUUAGCUCUGGAUCUCACGGAAUCUCCGCGUUGUCUAGUACAUCGUCCAGUUAUCCCGGUUCCUCAGGAUCCUAUGGCUCCUCCAGCAGUCACUCCAGCGGAUUCUCGUCUGGCAGUUCCAGCUACGAGCUACCAACUUCGGGAUCUUACUCAAGCUCGGGAUCAUCCAAUAGCAUCUCAUAUAUGAAUUAUGUGCCGUCUCAUUCCUCCGGCAGCAGUUCCAGCUAUUCCAGUCCCAUUACCUACGCGGCUCCAAGCAGCAGUCACGUGGAUUCUUCCAGUUACUCUGGCGCUGAUAGCGGCUACUCCCUGAGCUCAAAUCACGCUGGUUCCAGUUCCAGCCCCAUUGUGAGUUACGCCGGAAGUUCCAGCUACACGCCCAUGUAUUACAGUCCGUCCGGCUCUCAGGGGGCCUCGGAUUCGCACGGAGCUUACGCCAGCGUGAGUCCGAGAUAUCUCGGAUAUGCUCCCGGGGCGAAAUUGUACGACAGUAGGAAUUUAGGAAGCGCGAAGUACGAUACGAUCUCCUAUUCGGUUCCAAACGGGAAAUAUUAAUUUAUAUAUUAUAGAUUUGUUUAUAUCGUACGCAUUGCCAGAUUUCGAUGACAGCAUAGGAGUUUAAUUAUGAAAUCCAUAUAUGGAUCUCGACAAAAGAAUAAUUGAAUAAUUAAUCUAUUAUAAAUCUGAGAUUGAAUUAUCCUAUGCUGAUUCGAUCUUGCCAUGUAAAAUAGCAAUAAUUUUUUUCAAGUAGAAGAUCAUGUAUGUUGUUGAGAGUAAAUGUAGAGGAAUAUUUAUAUUUAAAUUUUUUACUGAACAAUUCUAGAAACAAAGGUCUCUAUGUAAUUGUUAUCUGUAUUUACCUAAUGUGAACCGUUAUCUGUAUUUAUAUCAUCGACAAAUAUUAUAGAAUAUGUCUUUUUGUUGUAAUCCUUUGUAUCACUGAUAAUCGAUUUUGUUGUGAUUUUUUUUGUUGUCUAGUUUUAUAUCUUUUUUUUGUAAUAAAUGAGUUGAUCUUCCAAUGCACAUCAGAAAACUCAAUUUAAAUUUUCAAAUCUGAUUGCUUAUGAUGCUGACUGUAUCGAUGAUUAAUGAUCGGUAUAAUCAAUUUAGAACGGAUCGUAAAACUCGGAUAGCGUAAGAGUUUAAAAUCUAAGUUUCUCAAAUCGCGAAGAAUAUUGCCGUUAAAUUGCGGCCAUAUGAUAUACAUUGUGAGACAUGCGUAAGAUGCCCCAUGCUGUUUCACUUUUUAAUAAAGAUUAAACACGCACGCUG